GGAUGGGACUUAAGACAUAAGGUGGGCAUUUUCCUCUAUUACAUUUGAGAGAACCUUGCUCAUUACUCUCUGUCUGUAAAAUCGAAACGCCAAGGCUUACCGGAACCAGUUAUAUCCAAUAACUCAACUAAGGUUGUUCGUUUCGCACUUUGAAGUUUGAGCUGUUUCUACCAGUUGAUCCUCCUCCUUUCAGCAUCAGAGGAAGUUGCAUAUAUGGAAAACACCGACCAAGAAAAUUCUCCACGAAUUGAAACUCACCACCGACCCCAAGUUUUCGAAAUUGAUAUGGUGUUACAGCUUGAUCCUGAGUGUCGUAUUUACAAGGUCCCUAGUCCUUUUCGUGAAGCAAACGAAAAAGCCUACACCCCUCAAUUGAUUUCAAUAGGGCCUCUUCAUUGUGAUAACCAAAAAUUGGAUAAAAUGGAGUGGAAAAUGAGAACUUUCAACCAAUUUUCUUCGAGGAUUUCCCCCGAGACAUUUGGAAAAUUUCCGAGCUACAUCGGAGAGCAUGGCAGACAAAUACGCAGGUGUUAUGGCUUGGAAUUUUUCUUUAAUGCUGAGUUCGAGGCUUCCAAGUUUGAGAAAAUAAUAUUAUAUGAUGCAGUUUUUAUCAUUGAGCUUUUAUUGAUGCACUAUGAAGAAGGAGAAAUCUACAACUUAGUAUGGCGUAGUGAAUGGUUUAGUACAAAGCUUCGACUGGAUCUGAUGUUACUGGAAAAUCAACUCCCCUUCUUUGUACUUGAAGAUCUAUAUAACCUAGCUUUUCCUGUCUCUGAUCAUUCACCUUCUUUUCUUGAUCUUGCUUGUAGUUACUUCACUAUCUAUAAAGAUCCAACAAUGUACCAAAAGGGGAUUAAACACUUUACGGAUUUAACCAGAUGCAGUCUAGUGAUUAGUCGUCCAUCAAUCAAAAAUAAGAUCAGUGAUGACAACAUGUACACCGCAACGAUGUUGCAUGAAGCUGGUGUUAAGUUUGAAGUUAGUAAUGACCGCUUGCUUAAUGUAACAUUUGAGAAAGGAGUGCUAAAAAUCCCAAUUUUUGUUGCAUCCUACGCAACCGAGACUAUUUGUCGAAAUGUGAUGGCCUGUGAACAAUGUGACUUUCGAGAAGAAGCUUACUUUUGUAGUUAUAUUCAACUACUAAAUUCUUUUGUUGUCUCUGAAAAAGAUGUAGAUUUAUUGAUAAAAAAAAAUAUAAUUGUCAAUAAUUUUGGUAGCCACAGAGCUGUGGCAGAAAUGAUUAACAAUCUUACGGUGGAACUUGUGCUGCCCACUGGGCUCUACAGCGAAAUCGGAAGGGAUCUAAACCUAUAUUAUGAGAGGUCUUGGAAUCCGACAAUAAGAACCUUGAAGCAUGUCUAUUUCAAAAAUAUUUGGAGAGGAACUGCGACUAUAGUUGCUUCUAUUGUGGUGUUACUCACUCUUAUACAAACUGUAAUGGCAAUCUUAGAUCGGGCAAUUCCCAUGAAAUAAAUUUAUUUGCCUUAUAACCCCUUUGAGUAGAAGGCAGUUUGGUAUCAAGCUUUGUUGCUCUUAUCAUGUAUUGCUACUGUUAAUGAACAAUUGUGUACCUAUUAGAUUUUAUCAUAUUUUUAUGGUAUUGGCUUUUUCCUUGUAAGUAACUACUAACUACUAGUAGUAUUUUAUAUACUAUCACUCAUUCUCUUUU